CAAAGAAUUUGUAUUUCAUUCAAUGUCGUUUUUUUUAAUUUCGUACUGUUUAAAAUAGAAAAAUCUUAAAGGAAGCUAGGGAUUCCUUGAGCGUAUUCAUGAUAUUGAGAAUCAUACCAUUUGAUUUUUUUUAGCUUCGGUGUUUAAUGUAUAAGUGUGUACAUGGCUAAUAAAAACAUCACUAUGAAAAUAAAUGAGAAGAAUUUGGGUGCUUUCGCUUCUUCAGCAACCCCGGUGGACCGCGAGGGGUGGCUCGACAUGCGUGGUGAAGUUGGUAAGAGCUAUCAGCGUCGGUGGUUCACUCUCAAAGGGAAUUUGUUGUUUUAUUUUGAAAAAAAAGGUGACAAGGAACCUGUCGGAGUUGUUAUUCUGGAAGGUUGUACUAUUGAAUUAACAGAAGAGGAAGCAUACAGUUUUAAAAUAGUAUUUCAAUGUGAAGGAGGACGUACAUACUAUUUAUGCACUAGUUCACAAGCAUCCAUGGAGUCAUGGAUGAAAGCAUUAGCGUGUGCAAGUUAUGACUAUAUGAAACUCAUGGUGGCUGAGUUACAGAGACAGUUGGAUGAAGCACAAGCUGAAGUCGUAGCUGAGGCCACAUCAGUAGUAACUGUGACUCCACCAGAAGAUGAACCCAAAGCACCACCACGAGGGCAGAGAUAUAAUCCCUUCAAUCGAGGUCCUGAUUCAGAACCUAAGACCGUGCCAGGCAGUAGACAUCAUAAAGAAAGUGUUCGAGCCGAGGUACCGCGCAAGAUGGUUCCCUUUCGCGACAUCCACACUGCUUACGGCCGCAAGAUAUUAUCGGACCGGAGCCAAUGGCGAGCGAGGAUAGUUAAACAGAAGGAAGACUUCUCUGAUCACACCCUUAUCGAGUUAUAAGGACAGACGUGCUAGAAGCUACUGGCCAAGGUCAUAUGAUGUGUAACACAGACUCUAGAUUAAGUGUUUCCCAGAGUGUUGUAUGAAUUGUGAAUGAAAUAGGUGAUCAAGAAAAGCUGUGAUUAAUUUUGAAAAUUAGCACCGUUUUUUCAUCACUUACGACCAAGUUUUUAGUGUUUUUUUUCCCUACCUAUUCGCUGGUAGCCUGAGAGACUAUUACCAGCUACGUGCGGACGGGUAGGUGAGCUCACGGGCUCAACCUGAGAUAAUUUGCUAACACUAGCACAUGGUUAUGUGUCCAUAAGAAAUACAUAGAAUUUUUACUGGUGGUAGGACCUCUUGUGAGUCCGCGCGGGUAGGUACCACCGUCCUGCCUAUUUCUGC